CCGGCGUUUGGUAUGUGUCACAGUCGAGCCCACGACAGACGGUAAGUAAUCACCUCAGAGACCUCGACGACAACUGUACGGUACCAAGUGUUACACGCAAUGGACGUGAACACUUCAACAACCCGUCAAGUGCGCCCGGACUCUCCAUCGCAAACUCUCCAGACAAUCCACGACGACAUCACGUACCAUACCCAGUGCAUCAGCGACCUCAAGGCCCGCCUCAACACCUUCGUGCCCAUCGCCAGGCUUCCCCCGGAGGUCCUCAGCGAGGUGUUCUUACAGACAGUAGCGGCGCGUACGACCUACGAUGCGCGCAUCGGCAGGCAGGGCGCCCUACAUCCGUACCACUGGCUCCGAGCGACUCAAGUCUGCAGGCACUGGCGAGCCGUCGCGCUCAGCUGCACACCGCUCUGGAGCCACCUCAAAGUGACGGCGCGGUGUGGAUCCCUGCCGAUCCCCCUGUUUCUGGAGUGGGCCCGGAAGGCACCCCUCGUCGUAUCGGUGGUGUGGGAUUCAAUGGAUGCUGAUCGGCGGUUUCGUCCUGGCUACUCGGUGGAGGGCCAAAACAGGGUCGCGAAUCUGAUCCUGUCGCAUUUGCCACGGAUAGGCGGGUUGUCGUUCACUCUGCUGGGGCUUCUGCCUGACUACGCGGACGUCUUGGACCGACUGGGCGGAUCCGCUCCCCUGCUCGAGUCGCUGUCCAUUCAUUGCGAACACGAAAGCGUGUCACCCGAUAAAGCCCUCCGCCUGAUGCACCGUCUCGAGACCACGAAUCUACGACGUCUCCACCUUUACACGGUCCCAUUGGAGUGGGGCACAAUCGUGCUACCAACACUAACCCACCUGACCCUCGGGAACAACCCCGACUCGGAUAGACUGCUCAAACGAAAGGCCACGGGAACAGUUCAAGACUUACUGACUGCCCUCGCACACAUGUCUCUCCUGCAAGAGCUUGUCAUCGACUACGGGGUGCUGUUGUCCCCUCCGGGUCCAAACACGGCAGCGCUACCCGCUCCCUCUAUUCAUGCUUUCUUGCCACACCUGCGCCGCCUGCACAUCUCGGAAGGUGCAGUCAACAACUUGUUCCUCCUGAGCUACAUGGACACCCCGUCUCUCGCUGCGCUUCGAACCUCAGGUAGCCAAGCCCUGCAGCACGAAUUCUGCGCCGCCCUGGCUUCGAAGAUGCACAGCUUAGGCAGGCCCCUCACGCUCGUCGUUGAGCUCUUUCGGUACGCCGCCCGUGUGCGCGGAUACACCCAGAUUGUCCACGUCGACGAUGGUGCGAUGGACCAACCUGACUUGUAUCCCCAGAGGAGCGGCACGUCACCCAGCUUCGAUGUACGGUUCUGGGACUCGGACGGUCACGACGGCGGUCUGGACAUGUUCACGACAUUCUGUGAACUGUCUCCUAUCCAUGACGUUGAUUCCCUGUUUCUCAUCAACUUCCCCCUGCUGCAUGGGCAUCAUGUGUGGACUGCGACGAGCCAACAUAUGACGAAGGUCACACAGCUCUACCUCCGACCGCCGAAGGACCACGACGUAGUUCCCCAGUGGGUGUUGCUGCAGAAAGACAGAGAUGAUCCGGUAGUGCAUCGACGUGAUGACGAGGCUUUCGCACUGGGAUACCCCUUCCCCCAACUCGGUCUCCUUACGCUGGACGGCGUAUGCUUCAGGAAUCCUGGAAGCCCGUCUGGCGAGGAUACCGCUGGAUGCAUUACCACUCUAGUUAAAGUUUUAAUCGAACGCCGCGAAGCCGGGGCGGAGAUCGAGAGGUUGCGUAUAUUGAACCCGAAGAAUAUGGAGCCCAAAGACCUUGAACGGCUGAAGGAGGUUGUCCGAGAGGUCGAGUGUAAUGGACCACUGUUGUGAAGAAAUGUGGACCUCGAAGAUAGAAAUCUAGGGCGGGGACAGUAACGGGGCGGACCGAUGUCGAGGUCGUUCUACUGUUCAGUAUGGCAACGAAUUCCGAAGUACCACCGUCACAGCCUACGAACUCCUG